ACCGCAAACAUUUGCUGAUUAACCUACUGGAUGAAAUACAAGGAGACAUGACCAGUGGGGGUUUUUUCUUAAUGAUCCUGUGGCAAUGCCACAUACGGCUCCUCAUCGUCCUUCUGAAUUGCGUACAGAGGCGUAGGUGCGUGUAUAAAGUAAAGGAGUAAGCACAGAGUUAAAUCUGGGAUCACCUGGAAACCAUAUCUUCAUCAUGGCAGACGAUCCCUUCGCUAUCAACAAAGUAUCUACAGAGAGCGACACCUUCUUUGAGAUACUGCGGUAUAGGAAGAAUCAACAAACACGACAGGUCCAUCGUUUGGAAGACCUCUUAUCUUCCAAUCAGAAGAGGGGCGUGAGGCAGAUUGCUGAUCAUCCGCAGUUGCGUAGCGCAUUCGAGAAACUGGCAGGUAUCACGGGCAUCCGAUCGGGUAUGUCGACGGGUAGUCUUCACAAAUUCAUGAGCGUGCGAUGCGAUGAGGAAAUUGUCAAUUAUUUGGGACUGAUCUAUGAUAUUUGGCUGCACAUCGUUGGAGGAGUUGAGUCCAACCUAGUCAAAAUCGACACGGAUACAGUACAGUUCUUGGAGCUCAAGUGUCCUGGCUUCUCUGCCAGAGAUGAACGAGAUCUCCACAGCAUUGUUGCCAGCGGUCGAGCGUUCAGGAACUUCGACCAAACUGAACGGAAAUUCUUCUGGCAAAAUCUUUGCAGCUUAAACGUCGUAGUCCUUUCGGUAUCGACAUUCUUCAAACAUUUCAGGUACCUUGAAGAAUGUGCGAGCUGCAUGAAGUCACUUGUAUCGCUUCCUCGAUACGGUAGCCUACAUGAUGCCUUCCGGGCCAGUUUCAAACGACCUACGAUAGAAGACAACCGCUAUCCCGUCCAAACGUCCGACUCGACGCUCGAAGUCCGCGUCAUCGAGCCAGAACUUCAAUUCGAUGCUGGAUGGUGUCAAAUGUGGCUUUUUGCAAUGCGACAUUUCCAAAACAUGACUACGAAUCCCAGUGUACUCCCCCAAUUUGCAAUUUUGGCUUCUCGUUUGUACUUUGAGACCGAUAAAAUUAUGGUCCUCAAGUCACUCUGCCCGGAACAGAACACAGUCCUGCAUGCGGAGUCUUAUCCUGACAUGCAACGUCGGACAUCUUGGCCUGUUCAGGAUGCAGACCCUCGUUCGAAACGCAGUACGCUGCAACCAUUCGUCACUAGCGACAAAGGACCUAAACUCAACGUGCGUCCAUGGUCCACUCGAGAGGCUUAUGAGAGAAACAAGGAGUUUCUCUUUCUCGACAUCAUGAAUCAGCAACCGGUUUUGAAAGGAAAGUCAAUAACUAGCGUGUUUCUGCUUAGAACUAUCUAUGUGGCUUUUUUCCGCAAGCUGUCUUUUACUUCGGACGCGGACUCGAUGCUGUCCGCGGUGUCUCAUCAUCGAAGCUAUGACGAAGUAGAAGCAAUCGCUACUACGCUUCUGGACAGUCAUGAAGACAACAUGGACGAUCGGCAGCAGGAUUCAAGGGAGUCACGAACUCAGACAACAGCAGCAGAGAGCACAGAUGCCGUGGCGGAUCAUGAAGAGAAUCAACGCCGAGUCACUUUCAAGAUCAUGAAGGAGGGAAUAUUGCAGAAGGAAGAACAUUUGGUUUUUGACACGACUGUUCAAGGAAAUAAGGCUCGAGUUGAAAGUUUCGUGCGGGGUUUGAUGCUGUCACAUUCUCGAACCAUCCCAUUCUCACCCAAAAAGUACCCACUUCUGGUUGACGAAUGUUACAACGAAAUCAUUCAGAAAGGGAGUGAUUGCAUUUUUUUGGUAGACAGCAGUCAUGUGGACAUGAGAAACAUAGGAUGGUAGUAUUGUAGCUUGCCUGAUCAAUUUUUCGUUUUGCCCCUUUGUACUAUGAUUCAAUUGCAUCGAGCGCUAUUGCACAGUUUCAGCCGUUCGUCCAAAUCUACAUCCACAAUACAAUCUGCUAUGUGAUCUAUGCCUAAAACAUCUGACCAAAAUG